UCAAAUAACCACUUUUUUUAAUUACUGUUUGUGAAAAUCACAUGACCAAAGUAUUUUGUCAUGUGACUUUCAGUGACGACAGUGACUGGCUUGAAUGCUAUGACUGCAGCCAAGUGUCAGAGACGGAAUGUGACAUGACUAACUCCCUCAGGCCGUUCGACAAGACAUACCAUGCUGACAUUCAAACAGAACAUGUUACCAUGGACUAUAACAGCGACCCGGAGGAGUUAACUCACACAUACUCCCCAAAGUUCAACCCCCACAAGCAGAGUAACAUCAGCGCUGUGAAAUUCACCGUGGCAGCUAAAGAUGAGCGCACAGUCAUUGUCAACAUCACAGAUCCUCUCACCAGCAUCCAUGACUAUGGGAAGCAGCUCACCAUCAGAGACAUCCUGAAAAAUGACCUCAAGUACAAGAUCAGCUACUACAAGUCUGGAAGCACAGGCAAGAGAGACGUCAUAUCUAACUCGAGUGUGGCAGAGGUGUCACAGCUGGACGCAGGAGAGAGUUACUGUUUCAUGGUCGCAGCUUUCAUCCCCUCCAGACCUAAAAGCACCCAGCAAGGAGCUUGGAGUAAACAGCUGUGUAAUCAAGUACACAAGACUGUCCUGCAAGAGCUGAGCGUUGGAGCGUGGGUCGGUGCCGUGUUCAUCGUGCUGACCGUUGUCAUUGUCAUCGUCACUGUGACGGUGCUCUGCUGCAAAAGACGCAAACAGAGGAACAAAGCCCCCUACACAGCUCAGUUAUCAGCACCUGCUUAGUGUGUGUGUGGGUGUGUUAGUGUGUAAAUGUGUAAAUGUGUUUUUAGGUGUUCUUUUUAAUAUAGGGUGCUCGUCUCCCUUCAUUUUCCAUCUCCUGCCCUUUUUUAUAGGAACGUUUUUUACAAGUGUAUUUGGUAUUUGGUCCUAAAUAGCACGCACUUUGACAGUGAGUGUUCAGAUUAGCUGUGAUGUCGCUAUAAAACUUCUAAACUUAUGUUAUAUCUACCUUUUCAACACUGCUUCUACAUGUUUAUUUUUGAAUAUUGUCUCUGGACCCACAAUCGUCGGAGCAUCAUCAUGUACAUGUACAGCAUGACCCUGUUUUCCAACAACUAAACUGCAUUCUCACUGAUGUUUCAAGGACACAUCAUAAUAGUGACAUAGUAUUUUACAUUGUAAUUUGUUUGUUGAGUCCACCAAAUAGAAGACCACCACAUUUGUGAAAGAUUUUUCUUUCUUUCUUUAUUUCCUUGCCCAAACACCCAACUACAAAGGUUUAUCAUCACUCCCAUUUCCUAAAUUCAUCUAAAGGUGCCUCAAAAAACAGCAUCAUGUCUGAAUCAUUUUCAGAAGUUUCAGAACAACUUUAUGAGACAUGGUUGAGAAUUCAGUUUAAUCAUGUGGGAAUGUAAUAUCUUUAGAGAAAAGGUUGCACAUGUUCAUCACAAGCAGGCUCAACUGGACUUGAUUCAAUGCCAGACUGCAUGUAUACAGUAUAUGUCGCAUCUUUGUCCACAAAUCUUACCUCAUGUUCGUUUUUUCUAAAUAUGCUUGUCCUCAUAUUCCACUGUGACUAAAGGUAUAUCACUACAGGUGUAAUAUAACAAAUAACCACUACGAGAACUUGUCUUGAGCCAUCAAACCACAACUAUGUUAGCUUAUAAUGCAUAUGUAAUUGUUGCUCAGAAAAACAAUCAUACAUUUACUUACUUCUGUCCUCACAUGGUAAUUCAUUAUAUGGAGAGUAUCUGAAGUUCUGAGGGAGGGAGGCACACCUCUGUCUCCCUUUUCUAUAUUCUCUUCCUUGGACUGGAGGUCUGCUGCAGCAAAGAUUUCCCCCACACUGCAGCUGAUCAUGUAACUCGUCCAAGAAAACAAAUCUUUUCAUGUGCAUUGUGAUUUUAGUGUGCGUAGUUUGUCUCACAACAGUCACUUUUGUUGGUUAAAAGGAUGACAACGUAAUAAAACACGAGACACGUUCACAUGCUCCACAUCCUGCUGUUUUCUUAUCAUCACGUUCAACAAUAAUGUCUCCCAAUUGGCACAGAAUAAGAAUGUAUAAUGCAAACACAGUGCCGGAGUUGCUGAACGUCAGUUCCGCUGUGUAUUUAUAACCAUGAUAGAUUUCUGUGUUUUUUAAGGUGUUGUCUUGCAGAUUUUGUUGCAUAUUCUUGUGCAACGACAAUCAAAAUGUUCUAUUCUUUUCUCAAGACUUGAACGUCUCACUCCUCCUUUGUCUAUCUGAGAAAAGAAGUUACACACAGUGUGACACAGCACACACACUUCACACUAACCACAAAUCAAAUGACCAUGUGACGAUUAUGGAGUUUUAUUUUGAUUUUUUCCAACACAGAAUGUCACAUUUAAACACAUCACAUACUACAUCACACGCAAAUGCAUUAUAACUUUUCAUUGGCCGACACGUCUUUUCACUCAACCAUGGCUCUUAAAGUGCAUACACCUACAGUAUAUCAUAGAAAACACACACACAAACUUCACCUCCUCUGUCUUUCUCCUAAACUACUGUAUAUUGCUAUUUCACUGUCUGCGUUUGAUAAUGUUCUGAUCAUGUGAGCAAUUACACAAACUGUUAUUAAAGUAGUUGAAUACAAAAUGA